AUGCUAUUCGUCGGCCACACCCUUCCCUCCGUGUACCUCGACGAAGAAGAGCUAUUCGUGUUGGCCCUCCUCAGGUUGCUGCUAGUCAAUGAAGCGCCCCUGCUAGUGACAGAGCCCCCACUGCCGUACGCCGAAUCCCCCCCCGAACUCAGACUCAACAGCGAAGACCGCCUAGACGGCGCUCCCAUAUCAGUUGUAGUCCGCGAAGACGCAGUCGAAUACUCCGAUCUGGCUCCACCUCUUCCUAUAGUGCUACUGCCAUCAACCGACGGCGCCUGUGGCGGAACCCAUCUGUCACGCCCGGAUGGCGAAAGUGAUGGCCCGCAGUACCCUGCCGAGGCGUAG